AUGUUUGCGACGGUGAAAUUGGGAAAGAAGAACGGAGAAUUAGCAAAGAAGUUGUUUGAAAUAAGAUCGGUGACAUUACUAGCGAAGAAGAAUUAUUCUCAACAGGAGAACGUCGACGAAUUCUUCAAGUUUUACAGUGAUAAAGUAUAUCAUGAUGACCGGUAUAAGCCUUUGAAUGGGAAGGAUUACGACAGGUUCAUCAGUUUGAGGUCAGCGAGAAGAGAACCAGCAGUCACCAGGCAAAUCACAUCGCUCUCCUAUAAAGUAGGUAAGCAGAUGAUCUCGCUAGCUGAGGGUAUGCCCAACGAGAACGUAUUUCCCUUCAAACGGUUACUCCUGGAUAGCAGUUGUGGUGAGCCACUGGAGCUAGAGGGGAAAGAGCUAGCGGCUGCACUGCAAUACCUGCCUUCCCAAGGACUACCAUCCCUCCUAACAGAGCUUCGCAAAUUUCAAGACGAUUUGCAUCGUCCACCGCAACUUCCACGAGAUAUUCUGGUCACCAACGGCAGUCAGCACGGCAUCUACCAGUGUGUGGAACUAUUGGUAGAUCCGGGAGAUCCAGUCAUCACUACUGAGUUCGCGUACACCGGAAUUCAUAGUACGCUGAAACCUUACCAACCAGAAAUAAUUGGCAUACCAGAAGACGAAGAUGGUCUAAUUCCAGAAACCUUAGACUCUGUUCUUGGUGAACGGCUGCGCUUAGGACUGAAGAUGCCCAAAGUUCUGUACAUCAUUCCUACCGGCAGUAAUCCAUCUGGAACAGUGUUACCUGAAGCUAGAAGGAGACAGAUAUACGAGUUGUCUUGCAAAUACGACUUUUUGAUUCUUGAAGACGAUCCUUACAUGUUUUUGAAUUAUACUGAUACACAAGUACCUUCUUUCUUAUCAAUGGACACACACGGUCGCGUGAUCAGACUAGACUCGGUGUCCAAGGUGGUAAGCGCUGGUCUGAGGGGCGCGUGGGUAACAGCCCCGAUCCCACUACUGGAACGAUUGGAGCUACAUAUGCAGGCGGAAUUGUUGCAUUCUUGUACAUUGUCCCAG